CUCCUUUUGCAGACAAAAUCCUUUUUGACUUCUUCCUUCCCAUUAAACCCCUCGCAAAUUCAUUCAAUAUUCAUUCAUUAGUGUUCCCUUGUUUGAACUCCUCCCACCUCUUAUUAAACCCACUCCUCCCUGGCCAUUGAUGUUCCUUCGAAUUCAAGACAGCAAGCCAGGAAAAUAUUUGCAAAGAACCCAUGGCAGUCGAAGCUCGGCACCUCGAUAAUCUCUUCCGUUGCCAACCGCAAUCGAUCUCAAACAGGAGAGAUUUCAUCGGCUCGAAGCCUGACGGGACUGCCAUGUACAAUACGGGGACAACUCAGAUUGAAUGUGCUGCCCUGCCGUUGAGUACUCCUUCCUCAGCAAUGCCACUGCUGCACCACGAGGUGAUUGUCCCCCCGGCUUUGUACCAAUCAACAAUUGGUGACGGGGUUCUGCCAGUGAAGUCGUAUAGCGGCCUCACCACCUUCAACAACAGUGUGCCCGGGCCUCCAAGGAAGCGGUCCAGGGAUAUGAUCAAUUACGCCUGCGAUGGGUCUCAAAUGGCACCUCAGAAGAUCCGGUUAGUGUCUGUAGACCAGGACAUUGCCCUGGGCACCCGCCGGCAGCAGUCGGAUCUAGAUCGGCUAAUAGCCCAACAAACUGAGAGGAUGAGGCUGGAAGUCGAAGAGAAAGUCAGGCAGCAAUCCAAGGAAUUAUUAACAGAUAUACACGAAGGGAUUGCAAGGAAGCUAAGGGAGAAGGACGAAGAGAUACAAAGGAUGGGGAAGCUGAACUGGGUAAUGCAAGAAAGAAUCAAGACCCUCUGCGUGGAGAACCAGCUGCUGCGCAGCUUGGCCCAGACGAGCGAGGCAGCAGCGAACACCCUCCGCAGCAACCUCGAGCAGGUGCUUGCAGUGGCCCAUGUGGCUGAGGACCGUCACCCAUUCUCUGCAGCAGCAGCAGCAGUAGAGGAGGAUGCUGAAUCAUGCUGCGCGAGCAGCAGCAGUGGCAAACGGGCAGCCAAGGAGAAGGACCACCGGGUGGCGGUCGCUGGCAGUGGCAGCAGAGGACCGAGAGGGGCCUGUCGAGGCUGCGGGAAGAAAGAACCAUGCGUGCUUUUGCUGCCCUGUCGGCACCUAUGCCUCUGCGCAGCGUGCGGAUCGGUCCUUCAUGGUUGCCCUGUAUGUGGUUCCGUGAUGACCGGUACAGUACAUGUUAACAUAUGAUAGGAAUUUUAAAUAUGUGGUGAAGAUGAGCUAGUUCGUAGUCAAUAAAUGAAGAAUUCUUUGGACAUUUCUUUUUUCCGGUGAGGCGAUGUCCACAUUUUGUUUUGCAUAGGUUACUGUCCUGACAAAUUUUUUGGAUGUGAAUAUUCCCGUGUUUACCAAAUUUUUUUAAUUAACUCUAGAAAAAUUGAUAAUCUUAUCGUUCUAUUUUUAA